CGCCUCCUCUUCUUUCCCCCAAAUUCUUCCCGCCCUCCCCUUCUUUAAUACCAAAACCACAUCUCUUGAUCUCCAAAACCCUCUCUUUUUCUUUUCUUUAAUUUAUCUCUCUCUCUCUCUCUCUCUCUCUCUCUCUCUGUUUAGUUCUUACAGAUCCCGAUCUCCUCUCCGUUCCAUCAGUUUCCUUUUUCUUGUGGUCUUUCUUCAAUUUCCCCUAAUUUAUCACCGAUCCCCACUUGCUUUCAAUUUCCCCCUUUUUUUCCUUGAUUUUUCUCCAGUCUGUCACCGAUUUCUUAUUUCUUGUGAUGUAUUCUUCAGUUUAAUCCGGUCUGUGCCGAUCCCCAUGGUUUUCGCCGGAGAUCACGAAGAGACCCAGGUCUUAGACGCCAAUUCCCCUCCACUACCGGGAGUUCGAUCUGAUGAUGAAACUGAUGAUGGUGGUUAUGAUGAUGAUGAUGGGGUGAGUCCUGAUCAGGGCAUAAUGCCGAUGGCCGAUACGCUUCCAAUCGAGAGCUUGAGGGAGGUCCCCGACCAAUAUGGUGAGACCCAAGCGCUGGAUGACCCCGAUAAUGAUGCCGGUGAUGGGGAUGGGGGUGUCGAUGGCUGGGGCAAGACGCAAUUGGUUGAUAGUGGUGAUGAAGGGGCGGAGACGAAAGCAAAUGACUGGGCCAAGACGCAAUUGGUUGAUGGUGGUGAUGAAGGGAUGGACACGAGCGACUGGGGCAAGACACAAUUGGUUGAUAGUUGUGAUGAAGGGAUGGAGAUGACUGAGGUGCUGAGUGGCGACGAGGGGUUGCCCGACGAUGGGGCUACUCCUUGUGGAGGCAAGAGGAAAAGUGGAGGUGUGGAGCUGUGGAUAAAGAAAAGGGUGAACGGAGAUGGUUCAUUCUCGGAUGAACAAGGGCACGAAAAUGGUUUGGUGGAUUCGGAUGCUUCUACUGAUGAAGACGAUGGUGCAGGAAGUUCAAGGAGGACCUUCACUGCAGUUCGUAUAGCAUCGCUGCGGUCUUCUGGUCUUGCUGCUGCUCGCAAAUUUGACUCUAUGAUAAGUGGCACUGAAUCACAAUCUUCUCUUAGUAAUGCUCGAAGUAGUAAAGAGCAAAAUGGUGCUUUAGGCGGACAGGCUGGUGACAUGGCCACUGGGAGGGAUCCAUGGCCAAAUGGCAGAAAUGAUAUCACCUCUCCAAGAAUUGAAGCAGGUGAAAUAGACCUGGACCAUGAGAUUGAGAACUCCCAUGGGUGUACACUGGACUGCAAUAAAAAUGGGAUUAACACAACAGUGAAAAAACUUUUUUAUGAGGUGGAUCCUUCUGAGGAGGAUGGAACCACAGUUAAGUCUGACCACAUUGUUGGAAAAGGGGACUUGCCUCAUUCACUCCCAACUGAUUCUGAUCUUGCAGGAUUAAGCUAUGUUGGGUCACAAGAACCUGGUGAUCUGUCCCAAGCUAAUGCUUUAGAUGUUGUAGAUAAGUUUCUUUCUGUUAAUUAUAUGGAAUCGUUUCGAGAAGCUAACACUGGAAAAGCAACUGAUAUGAUGAAGUCACCGCCCAUUUCCAGUACAAAAGGAGCUCAGCGUUUGGCUGAAAAGACUGAUCAUAGAAGUCCAGUUGGAAAGGAAGGAAUCUUUGACUGGAUUGACAGUCUUGAGGAUGAGGGUGGAGGUGAAUUCUUCAGUAGAAGAAAAGAUUCCUUCUUUGAAAGCAAAAGCAGUUCACGGAAAUCACAAAGCUAUCCCCCAAAAGCUAGACAUCCUAUCUCUGAAGUAACCAGAGGUGCAUUUGAUAAGAGUGGCGAGAAGGAACGUGCGAACCUUGAUGGAAGGAAAAUAACAAUGUUAGCCCAUUCAGAUUCAAGAUUGAUGAUGCACAAUUCUACAAGAAGUAAAGCGAUACGUACUUCUGAAACAAAGACAAAGAAGAGUCUUUUCAAGGAUAUGGAUGAACAAUCAAACCCAAAAUCUCUAGAGCAGCAUCCAGAAGCAACUCAUGUUGAGGGUGGUAUUGAAGAUUUAUAUGAUGUUGGCCCUGAUACUCAAAUGGCAGCUGAAGCUAUUGAGGCCUUAGUUCAUGUACCUCCUGUUGAUUAUGUAAUGGAGGAGAAUCAGCAUGUAGUAGCUGAACAUUUGAAUGAGAAUUCCAGCAAAGGUCCAAGUAGAAAGACGGCUUCAUCAAAGAAAGAUUUGCUCCAAAAGAGGGUUUCUGUUACUGAUUUAGAAGGUACCAUAACACGAUCUAAACGUAGAAGGAUGCUUCAUACCAAAUCAAGGAGGGGGGAAAGCCCAAGUUUUUCUAGGGAGAACUCGAAUAGUUCAAGAAUGAAAAAGAGUUCAGAUGACAAAAGGAGGAAAACAAAGUCAAAGAGGGAAGUGUGGAAUCAAGAGCCGCAAUUAAAUGGUAAAAAUUCGGUCAAUGGAAAUGCAUCAUCUAAAUCUCUUAAGAGAGAGAAAACCCAAGGUGCAAUGGAUGGAACCUUCAUUAACGAGGCUGACAAAUGUCACAAUCCACUGACAUCAGAUGGCCAGCCUUCAGUGCACAAGGAGUUCACGCCAGGGGAGUAUCAUGCGAAUGCUACACCUGUUGCACAUCGAACCAGGCAUUCCAAAAGACUGAACUUAUCAAAACACCCUGAAGUUUCAUCUAAUGAAUACAGGAAGGAUAUGAACGACCUAACAGGAGGAAUUAUUCCUGGGUCCAUAGAAAGACAGGAUAUGCUUGUUCUAGAUGCAUCUGGACCAUUGAAUGCUAGAAAAGGAAGUGUGGAUAUGGGUCCAGAUCAAACUGCCAGAGUUGAAAGGACUUCUACAUUGCAUACUGCCAUGCAGAAUAUUGAGGGGCUACAAGAAGAUGCACUUGAAAACAGUUCUAUAACAAAAGAUGCUUCGAACCACCCUAAACGGAGGAGAACCAGUCAGAUUACUUCAGGUAACCCAAACAUGACCAGCAACUUGAACGAACCAUCUAUAGCAGAUGAUAGCUUGCCAGCAACAAAUAAGCAGUCCUGCAAACAAGGAAGAAAAAAAGUCUUUAUCAGAAGUGUUUCUGAAAUUUUAGAUGCUGCCAAAAGGAAAAGAAGAUCUGUUUUCACACACACAACAUAUAAAGCUGAUGGAGGGCCUUCUGCUACAGGAGAAUUGUCAUUAGUAUCUGCUGCGAGAACAAAGUCAUCUUCGUUCAAACCAUAUUCGGAAAAGGAUGCCAAGGGAUGUUUGUCUAGGCCAGUUUCACAUGAAGCUUGUUCAGCUGAUGCAGCUAAUAAUUGUUCCAGUGGUGUCAUAAGCCCUGUAGAGCAUCCUAAAGAAGCGGCAUUACCUAAGCAAGGUGUAUAUUCUACACCUCAUGUGGAAGAUGCUGAAGAACAUGCCAAACCAGAAGGGACACCUGAAGAAAAGGUUCAGCCAUCUGGUUUAGCAUGCAAAUCUCCAUCUAAGAAUGUAGAUGCAAUGUCUCCUGUUUGUGUGGCUCAAGAUCUUCCUAGAACGUGCAAUAAAGGCUUAUCAAAGUCCCUAUUUCUUAGAGAACUUCAUAGACUGGAAGCCACUGAAGCAGCUUCAACUCCAGCUCUGAAAGAUUUGCGAAGAAGAAAAGAUAUGUGCAGUGUUCGUGUUCUGUUCAGCCAUCACUUGGAUGAGGUUAUGAUCAAGCAGCAGAAAAAGAUUUUGGGACGCUUAGGAGUUCCUAUUGCAUCUUCUAUUUCAGAUGCUACACAUUUUGUCACAAAUAAGUUUGUUCGCACAAGGAAUAUGCUAGAAGCAAUCGCUUUUGGUAAACCAGUGGUUACACAUUUGUGGCUUGAAAGCUGCGGACAAGCAAGCUGUUUUAUUGAUGAGAAGAAUUACAUAUUGCGAGAUGCUAAGAAGGAAAAGGAGAUAGGAUUUAGCAUGCCUGUUUCACUGGCUCGUGCAUGCCAAAGUCCGCUCUUGCAGGGUAAAAGAGUGUUCAUAACUGCAAAUGUAAAACCUACUCGAGAGCUUAUUGCAGGCUUGGUUAAGGCAGCUCAUGGGCAGCCAAUGGAGAGAAUUGGGAGAUCUGCCAUGAAGGAAGACAAAGUGCCAGAGGAUCUUUUAGUAAUUUCUUGUGAAGAAGACUAUUCCAUCUGCAUACCUCUCAUUGAGAAAGGAGCAGGGGUUUUCAGCUCGGAGCUUUUACUAAAUGGUAUAGUCAUCCAGAAGCUGGAGUAUGAGAGACAUCGACUCUUUUUGGAUCAUGUUAGACAAACCCGCUCGACAAUAUGGUUAAGACACAAAGAUGGAGGCCGGUUUCUUCCUGUCAGCAAGUGUGCAUAGCUAUUUCAUCAGCUCUUCGUGGAGGGAUUUCAUUAAAUUAAGAGCUAAGUUAAUGGUCUCGGGUUAAGAUAAUGCAGGGUGUAUUGUAUGUAUCAUAUUCAUCUCCGCAGUUAUCUUUUCUUUCUCUUUUUUUAACCUAUGAAGAUGUAAAUUGGUUAUUCCUUUUUCUAAUUAUAACGUUUGGUCCUCUCCAAGAGGAAUUUUGUUAAAUCUGUACCUAUCUCUGCAUGACCUGUAAUCAUGAUUUUCUUCCUAAGGUGAAAAAGGUGAGCUUCCUAAUGAUUGGCUUGUAUUGUA